CUGGCUUUAUCAGACCAUGGGCAGAAGUGACCAAACACCGCAAACAAAAUGCUGCUUCUAGCUUCAGCUUUUUUCCUAACACUACUGCAGUACUCUAAUGCCCAAAACAAAACAAGCAUUACACCUGCAGACUGUAAAACCGUUGAAACAGAUGCAGGAGUGGCCCUGGAUUUGGUCAACAGACAUCGCAGAGAUGGCUAUGUUUUCGGUUUAUUCCGUGUUGCUGAUGCACAAGAACUACACAGAGGAAAUUCAUCAGUCCUCUACUUAACUUUGGAUGUGUUGGAAACUGAAUGCUCUGUAUUAUCCAGAAGACACUGGGAGUCUUGUGAAUACAGUGACACCUAUUCCAUGGACUUUGGGCAAUGUAAGAUUAUCACAUAUACAAGCCAGCUGCUGAAGAAACCUCAACUAUAUGGAUUUAAUUGUACAUUAAGUCCAGUUCCUCCUGAUUUAUUAGAGUGCAAAGAUUGUCCUGUGAAAGUUGAAGUCUUAGAAGUCACCGAGCAACAUAAAAAUAUUGCUGCAAAGGCCUUGGAGAAAUUCAACAGUGAGGGUAACCAGACAAACUACUUUGAUGUGGACAAAGUUGAAAAGAUUUUAAAAAUGGCUGCCUCCCGUGAAAGUCACAUUUUAGGAUUCUCUAUAAAAGAGACCAACUGCUCCAAAUCUGCAAAACAAGCAGAUCAGGCAUUGGAAUGUGAUUUACUGGAUGACUGGCACGCUCACGUGGGAUUCUGCAAGGCAAGAAUUAUCAGUGAUCCAGAUGAACCUGAUGGAACAGAUAUAAGCUGUGAAAUCUACCAUCCCUGGCAGCAUGACUAUGGGCAAAGAUGCAGAUAUUCAACUCUGGGACAGCCACACAGACAUCCCCAUCCCCAUCAUCAUUUUGGUCACAGACAUCGUCACAGACAUCGUCACAGGCAUGGAUGUCCACCUUCUUCCCAAUCCAGACCUGAAGACCCUGAGCAUAACCAUAGUUUCAACGAAGACCAUCAAGACAGUCAUGAAGGACCUGCUCCUCCUCUUCUCCCCCACAGUGGACCACAUCACCACCUUCACCCUCCACACCAUUGUUCUCCACUUCCUCCCCAUGGUGGACCACAUCACCACCCUCCUCCUCCUCCCCAUGAUGGACCACAUCCUCCUCCCAAAGAGGAACCACAACAUCCCCCUUCUGCUCCUCCUCCCCAUAAUGAACCACACAAUCCUCCUCUUGGUCCCCAUCAUGGACCACACUGUCCUCCCCCUCCUCAUGGACGACAUCACCACCAUCCUCCUCCCCAUCAUGGACCACAGCACCCUCCUCCUCCAGGACACCCUCCUCAUCUCUGUCAUCACUAUUACAGACAUCACUGCAACAAGACAAGAAUAUUGGGAAAGUACUUUCCAUUCCAAAUAAGAGGAGCUGUCUAUCGCAUUCCAGUUCUAAAUCAGCAGGAUUCUCUCACACCUCCCACUGCAAACUUUCCUGAGCUAUCCCAAAGCAAACCUCACUCCUCCAGCACUGGUGAAGGUAUUCCCUUCACUGGCUCAAGUCUAAAGGAGAUACCAGAAGCUCCAGGUUUUCCAGAUCACCCUACACAAUCAAAGUCAUGCCCAGGAAACCCCAAACUUGUUCUUCCAAAAAUUUUGCCUUUAUUUCCACAUAGCUCCAUGGCAGAAAAUUCUCCUAUAUGA